AUGUCUAAACCAGUUUGUUUAAUUAUCUUAUAUGAUGGUAAAGAACAUGCAAAACAACAACCUAAAUUAUUAGGUGCUGCUGAAAAUGCUUUAGGUUUAAGAGAAUUUAUUGAAUCUCAUGGUUAUGAAGUUAUUGCUACUUCUGAUAAAGAAGGUGAAAAUUCAGAAUUUGAAAGAAAUUUAGAAAGAGCUGAAAUUAUCAUUACUACUCCAUUCUGGCCAGGUUAUGUUACAAAAGAAAGAAUGGCUAAAGCUCCAAAUUUGAAAAUUUGUAUUACUGCAGGGUAUGUAUUAGAUUAAGGUUAAAUUAUUAACCUAAUUUAUUAGAUUGAAUUUGAGGUAGUGAAGAAUUGUUAAGAUCGCACAAAAAAGUAAAUCGCGCGUUUUAAAAUAUUUGCGCCUUUUUCAGCCAAUUAACGUUCAAGUACUAACACAAUUAUUAGGGUUGGUAGUGAUCAUAUUUCUUUAGAUACUGCUAAUGAAAGAGGUAUUAGUGUUGUAGAAGUUACUGGCUCAAAUGUUCAAUCAGUUGCUGAACAUGUUAUUAUGACAAUGUUGAUUUUAAUCAGAAAUUAUAAUGAAGGUCAUUAUCAAGCUUUAUCAGGUGGAUGGGAUGUUGCAGCUGUUGCAAAGAAUGAAUGGGAUAUUGAAGGUAAAGUUAUUUCAACUAUUGGCGCUGGUAGAAUCGGUUACAGAGUUUUAGAACGUCUUGUUGCUUUCAACCCAAAGAAAUUAUACUAUUAUGAUUACCAAGACUUACCAGCUGAAGCAGUUAAGAAAAUCAAUGAUGCAUCUAGGUUAUUCAAUGGUGUUGAUAACAUUUUAGAAAGAAAAGAAAGUCUAGAAGAUAUUGCCAGAGAAUCAGAUAUUAUCACUAUCAAUUGUCCAUUAUAUGAAGGUACAAGAGGUUUAUGGAAUGAAAAAUAUAUCAGUUUGAUGAAACCAGGUGCAUUCUUGGUCAAUACGUAUGUAAAUCUCGAAUAUCGAGGGUUCAAAGUACUAACAUACAUUAAGCGCACGAGGUGCCAUUUGUAAUGAAAAUGACGUUGCUAAAGCAGUCAAUGCUGGUCAUAUUCAAUAUGGUGGAGACGUCUGGCCAGUGCAACCUGCUAGAAAAGAUGCUCCUUGGAGAUCAAUGCAUUAUCCAAUCUCAUCUGGUGACUCAGAAAACUUGGAUACUUCAAGAGGAUAUUCUUCAGAUGGAGCUUUUGUCGGUAAUGCUAUGACUAUUCACUGCUCUGGUACUUCAUUAGACGCUCAAGCUAGAUACUCAGCAGGUGUCAAAGAUAUCUUAACUGAAUUCUUCAACAAAACUUACAAUUAUCGUCCACAAGAUAUCAUUUGUAUUGAUGGUGAUUAUUACACUAAAGCUUAUGGUCAAAGAACUAAAAAAUAG